CAGGUGCACAUGGAGGAGAUGCAGAUACAGAAGCAGAUUGGCGAGGGCUCCUUUGGCAAGGUGUACCUGGCAAAGUGGAAGGAGACGACAGUGGCAGUGAAGAUCCUGACCAGCACCAGCGGCAGCUCAGAUGACGACUUCCCGACGCGCCUGCCCAACCCACUGCUGCAGUCACUUGAGAAGGAGGCGGGCAUGAUGGCGGCCAUGCGGCAUCCAAAUGUGGUGCUCUAUCUGGGCGUGUGCCUGGACCCGCCGUGCGUUGUGACAGAGUACUGCGCGCGCGGCUCCUUGAAUGACGUGCUCAAGCGCGCUCUGUACAACAGCAAGUACGCUGAGCAGCUGGACUGGAGGGUCAGGUUGAGCAUGGCCUUGGAUGCUGCCAAGGGCAUGAACUACCUGCACACAUCAGACCCACCCGUCAUCCACCGCGACCUCAAGUCUCCCAACCUGCUGGUGGACAAGCACUGGCGCGUCAAGGUUUGCGACUUCAACCUGUCGCGGGUGAUGGAGGAGAGCUCGAUCCUGAGCAGCAUGGCGGCCACCAACCCGCGCUGGUUGGCGCCCGAGAUCCUGGCGGGCCGCGGCUACACCUUCUCCUCCGAUAUCUACUCCUUCGGCAUCAUCCUAUGGGAAUUCAUGACCUGGCGUGUGCCCUGGCACGAGUAUGGCCCUUGGCAGGUGCGUGAGAGGAAGGGAUCAUCUCUACACAAAAUGCUUGUCCAUGCAGUGCAUGAUCCUGGUUACUUGGAGGGCUACUGCUGGUGUGUGCAGAACGCCACCGAGCGGCCGAGCUUUGCAGAGAUCAUCCAGGUGUUGCGGCGGCUGCUGGCUGACGAGGCCCGGCGCGUCCCCAACAAGUCACCGGGAGACGCAGCAGCCGCGCGCAGCCAGCAGGCAUCCACAUCCACCAGCUCUGCAGACACCGCUCGCCCAGACCAGGGAAGCUACCGGGAGGGAGCGAACGGUGCUCAGGGGUCGGGGGACCUUGCUGUGGGGGGCCUACGCUUCCACAUGGCGCACAGCAGCUCUGGCGACCUGCGCAACGGCGCGCAACCCCAUGUUCCCGGCUCGCCCGGCCCCUCCGGCCGCAGGGACGAGCCGCAGCAUGCGCGCUCUGAGAGCCUCGGCUCUGACACCCACCUGCAGGCCUUGGCUGGGCAACUUGGGUCAGGCAGUCAAUUCGUGCCGGAUGGCUUGCGGGUAGGGGAGUCGCCGCGAUCAAGGGCCACAUAUUCAAACGAGCAGUAUGGAGUCCCUGGGUACAGGGACGGCGGAGGGGGAGCGGCGGGAGGGCCGCUGAUGCGGAGAGAGGGCGCGGACGGGUCGGGGCAGCUGAGCAGCAACGGGGACGCGCAGUGGGACCUGGCGCGCAUCCACGCACUGCUCAAGGAAGCACACAGCGACACCAGCUCCAACCCGGG